AUGGGACAUUUCGGCUCUUCCAUCGGCAACGCAGGUGGUGUCUUCGCCUCCUUCAGUCCCUGCACCGGAGGAGGUGGAGUCUGCGGGAGAUUCGGAUGUGGAUUCAUCUUCUUCGUCUACAUCCUCGUCCGCACCAUCGACCCAGCAGUCUCGCUCUUGGACGAAGGUGUCAGAGCAAGAGGCAGAGGAGCACAAGGCUUGCCAGGCGAUAGUUUGGUCGACCUAGGGUUGUUUGGGUGGCACAUGGCGACAGAGGAAGCGAACACCCUGGAUGCGGAUUUGAUCUCCUUGGCAAAGGAAUGUCGCGUCCCACAAGAGUAUCAUGAGAUCUUCCAGGGAUUUGAUGUUCCUCUUUUCGGUUGCCUAGUUUCCGAAGCAUCCCAUUUGGAUACGGCGCUGAGUCAAUUAUUGGAGAAUUCGGAGGAGCCAGAGUCGGCAGCUGGCAAACUUCGUCUUCUCUCUUCGCUGCGGCUUCUGUUUGAAUCAUGCAAGAAACAAUCCUCGAUGGCUCCAGCAAACAAAAGGCCAGAAUCAUCGGAGGAAGCUCGUUCUUCGGCAGCCGGCUGGACGGAGCAGUUCCCACCUAAGCUUUCGGGCGAGAAGGUGAUUUCUCUUCAGAAAGCUUUUCAUUCUCGGUAUCCAGGGGAGGUUCUGGAUCCCGAGAACUUUCCUUCGUCGAGGCUACUUGCAUAUGCUGCCAAGAUUGUCCAGAAGGGGGAGCUCAAGUGGGUGCCGUGGAAGAUUAGAAUGUGUCAAUCUCAGCAAGAUUCCAUGGCCUUGCGUCGCCCCACAAAAACCCCGAAGCUGGAAGAUCUUCUGUAUGACGAAGUACCGCAGCGUGAAAUCCCCUCGGGUCAAGUGGGGGCGAACUAUCUUUCAGGGAUCAUGGGUCUUCUUUCGACAUCUCUGGCAAUGCUUAAUGGGGCCCACUUGUCAGAGAUCAUGAUGGCGGACAGACAAUUGUGGGGUCAGAUGAGUGACCUGGUGAACCUACACAAUUGGAUGGCUCCUCCUCGGCGCCCGGAUCCUCCAGCUCCCCAUCUUCGCACCGGCCGGGGCGGCAAAGGCAAGCAUAAGGGGGAAGGCAAAGGGAAGCAUUCGGCAAGCGGCCAGGGCCUUCAGUCUUCGACAGGGGGAGCCAAAUGGGUGACGAAGUUUGAGGACAAGGGCAAGACCCGUCGCCCUGAUGCUGUGAAUUUGUGCAGUUCAGAUGCCGCUGAGCAGUUCGAUUGGGCUGGUCGUUCUCAGGCGAGCUAUUUCAACGCUGGGGCCCGCGCGGGAUCACAAAGUGGGAUAUGCAAUUUUACCUUUCAACAUGAGCUUUUGGUCAAGUAUGUGAACCUUUUUCUUCGGGUCGCCUUUGGGUUCAACUCCCGGCGGGGUGUCUUCCGCAUCUUGAGCGAGUUCCUCCUCCUGACUCUACGGCGGACUCCUCACUCCGAGGGGUUCUUGUCAGCACUAGGGGAUCGCUGGGUGAUCACAGCCUACACUUCUGCUACCUGGCAUUCCUUGUCGGAGGUGGAUUCGAAACGCCUGGCGGAUCUCCAUUUUCCUAUGCCAGCCAAGGAGGAUUCGCCGCUUUCCCAAGGUUCGGGGCCGGCUCCCGCUUUGCCGAGCCCUCCAGAGAUUUUGGAUCUCCAACAGGUUCAGGGCAAUCUGUUCGUGGAGCUUUUUUCGGGUUCAUCUCGGCCGUUAUCUGCGGCCUUUUUGCAGGCUGGCACAUCGGUGAUGUCUUUGGACAUCCUUCGCAGCGCCACGCAUGACUUGACGAAGGACUCGGUCUUCGAGCUUCUCCUUCGCUUGGCCUUUUCGGGUGCGAUUUCUCUUCUGCAUGCAAGCCCUCCUUGCAGAGAUUACUCCAGGUGCAAGCUGCGCAAAGGCCCGGGCCCCAAGCCUUUGCGCACGCCGGCUCACAUGGCUGGUGUACCGGGCUUGUCGUCGGCUGACAAGGCGCGCUUGGACCUCAGCUCACAGCUCAUGUCUCGCGCAGUGGAAUUAGCCCACGCCACGUUCAAGGCCGGCGGCCACUACACCUUUGAGAAUCCAGCCAAUUCGAUGAUCUGGGAUGAGCCCGCGGUUCGACUGCUACUUCAGAAGAGCAGUGCAGAUGUAAUCAUUGUCUCGGCCUGUGCAUACGGUUGGGAUAUUUACAAGCGCUGGGCUUUUGCUUCUACUUUCCGGGACAUGCAGCAGCUCGCCUCUGAUUGUCGCCAUCCGGACGGGUCUCAUGCCCAGGUGGCUGGUGUUUUGGAUUCAUCCGGCGGCUUCAUCUCUCAGCAGACUUCGGAAUUUCCGGAGCUCCUGGCGGCGAAGUAUGUGUCAUCGGCUCUCCCUCUGUUUCAGAAGUCCGAGCAUCCGGUGGAUGUUUCCCUGGAACAACUCUUGCAAUUAUUACCGACCAAAGGUCAAUUUGAUCCCCCGUUUGCACAUCAAGACGGGGCUGGCAUCUUUUCGGUUCCAGACUGGUCUUUCCCUCCUUCGGGCGCAGUGGACAAGCUGGGUCAAGUCAGACAGGCCCUUAUGUCCAAGCUCUUUGCGAUGAAGGCUCCUCUUCGGCUUCGCGAGCAUGUGGCCUCCAAGGCUGAACAGCCUCUAUUCUCGGACCAGGAGGUUGCAGAGUUUCGGGCGGUGUUUCAGGAAUUCUUGGAAGCAUCGUCCGGUCAAAGGGUGGACUGGUCGGUCAAACCUCACCAACCAUACGCUCUUCAAGCAUUGCAUCAACUUUCGGAAGUUCUUGAUGACCCCGAUUCCUCUUUGUUCCCAACUUUGUUGGAGGGCGCCCCUUCAGGGUACUUUCAGGACAUUCCUCCCAGUCGGGUUUUCAUUCCUCUGGGAAGCGAUUCAGCGCCUCCGACAGAUCAGCUGGUGGUUCACAAUUCCAACUGGAAAGGUGCCCGGGACAACCCGGAGGUUUUGGAAUCUUUGAUCCAGGAGGAGCUGGCGAAUGACUACAUCGAGGAGGUCUCUCUAGAGGAGGCUCGGCGUCGCUGGGAGCAUGUUGCAGUGGGAAAAUUAAAUGUGGUGAUAGUCCCGGACAAGAACCCUCGUCUCACAGUGGACGAGACGAUUUCAGGCGUCAACCCAUCAUGCUGCGUCCCUGAGCGUUACAAUCUUCCAGGCCUUUCAGACCUCCAGGCGGGUUAUCCACUUCGGGGUCCGGCUUCGAUCCUAGGGGUUUUUUCCCUGGACGUCAAGGCAGCUCAUAAGUCCAUUCUUUUGCGCGAGCGGGACAGAGGUCUCGCUGGCAUUACUUUUCAGGACAGGACCUUCUUCUACAGGGUCAUGCCGUUCGGCAUGUCCUGCAGCGCAUAUUGGUGGCAGCGGUUAUCGGGCUUCCUGGUACGGACGUGGCACAACCUUCUAUGGUUGAGCCAUUUCCUGAGUAUGUACGUCGACGACCUCAUCUUGGCAAUGCAGACUGGGGCUUUGGACAUUUCGGCGUGCUUGAUCCUGGCGUUUGCUGCAGCCUUCGGGGUUCGCCUCUCAUGGCCCAAAUUACAACUGGGUUCAUCGGUGGUCUGGAUAGGCUGGAGCUUGAACUACCGUGCAGGGACGGUUCAGGUUACUGCAACAAAAAAGGAGAAACUAGCACGCGUUCUUCGUCCUCUUUUGGGAGAGGGUAGAGUGGAGCUUCGAGACCUUCAGAAGGCGCUGGGAUUGCUUCAGUGGCUCACUCAGUUACACGUGGAGCUGCGUCCUUGGUUGUCAGUUCUGUACGACGAUGCCACUCGUCCCCCAGCUACAUCUUACUCCAUCGACCCUGCUUUCUGGACUCAGCUGCAUGCGUGUUUGAGCGAUGCCUUGGUCUUCAUCACUGUCCCUCCUGGCACAGCCAUUCCUUUGGGUUCUAAGCUGAUAAGCGCUCGCCACGUCGACAUCGCAUGCAAGGCUGAUCUGCGGAAGGUUCCCUUGACCUCUAAAAGGAUUUGGCUCCGCAUUGCAGACCCAAUGGCACGCUUCCGUCGGCUCUCCAAACUGAGCAGGAAGCUUCUGUAUUUCUGGUAUGAUUGGAGCCAGUCUUAUCACUUUCAUGAGUGUCUUCAUUUGCCUCCGCGUCGCCUGGAUUUCAUCAUGGCGGCGGACGCUUUUGCUUCGGGCGAGGAGCUUGGCAUCGGCGGUUUCAUCGAGUUCCCGGGCUCAUCACCGAUAUGGUUCAGCGAAAGAUACAGCUUGUCGGACUUCAAGUACCUUGAUCUGCCUCUUCAUCGCGAUGCUCAGAGGGACAUAUCUUGCUGGGAAACAUUGGCUCAAGUGGGCCUGAUGCUUCUUUUUGCUCAUUUCUGUCCUGGUGGGCGCAUGCGACUGACACUGCCAUCUUUUUCGGAUAACACAGGCGCAGAAGCAGUAUGCGCGAAGCUUCUGACGACCAAGACUCCGCUUUGCUUUUUUGCACAGCUGGUGGCGAUGGUCAGCACACGUCUGGGCAUUCGGUUGGACGUUCAACACAUUUCUGGCGAGCGGAAUAUAGACGCAGACCUGCUUUCCCGCUGGGAUGAGAAGGCUCCUCUCGAAGAGCGUUGGAAUCUUGAUAUUCGGUAUCGCUUUUCCGUUCAAGAUUUCUUCGACCAACGGCACGAUAUGAGACUUUUUCCUUCGGAUGCCAGAAUCCUUUGGAAGCUCCCGCGCUGA